AGCUCGAGCGCGAAAGUGCGCGGGACUAUACUUGGAAAAGUCGCUCAGGUGUAGUUUCUGAAGCGCCGGCGGAGCUGGACCGAAGCCCCUUUUUUUGUCCCGCGCCUUGGGCGUUUCCCGGGCAAAUGUGUCGGCGUUGGGUCAAGUUGAAUACCUGUUCUUUGCCCUGUGGCCAGGUCCAGCGCGCAAGAGGGAAGAGCGUGUCUGCUGGAACGGAAAAGUUUUAUAUUCGCGUUCACGACGAGGCUGUCCAGGCACUUAAGGAGAAAAACCUGCAGCAGAGACUGAAGAGGCAGUCAGGACGGGUUUCUUAUUAGAGAAGGCAAGGGAAGACCGCGUCUGAAGACGGAGGGAGUGAUUAACUGCAGAGUGCUGCUGGGAGGUCAAGUAAGAGGACUAAGGAAGGUCUCAUAGCAGAAUGGGAGACUUGACUGAAGUUAAAUCUUUGGACAUUGAGCCCAUCUAUUUCUUUGAUCAGAUGAAACCAAAAAGAAAAAAAUGGAAAAAGAGAGCGUGUGAAGACCAUUUCCUCUAUUUGAGACACACCUCAGGAGCUACUUCUAGCCAUACAGAGAGUAUACUUUCUAAAGAACUAAAGGAAGCAAGACUAACUACGGUAGCUGAAGCUGAGAAGCAAGAUGCGUUCUACUCAUUUGACAUCUCAACAACUCCUACUGUUGCCCAGUUUUCUCCCCCGUUAUCCAAGACACACCUGCAAAAGGAUCUAUUUGAGGAAUAUAAACUCAUUGCUUCUGAAAUACUGCAUGAACUUGGGGAGGUCCUGCAGAAGUAUGCUGAGUAUCACAUUAUUUACCCUGAGGGAAUUGUAAAUCUUGUGAAUUACAGUUGGCAUGAUCUUAUUGAAGGUGCUUCUAAGUGUGCAUCCAAAAGUUCAGGCUUGAAGAAAAACACUGCCUUGCAAAGAGAUCCCAGUGCCGGGACCCAAAUCAGCAGCUUUUCGAGAGAGGAAUAUCAUAAGGAAAAGCAUCUUGUGAAAGCAAAAAAAGACCAUGAUGUUUCAUCUGGUUGGAUCUUUCAAUAUCCUGAUUCAAAAUUGGAAAUUCUGAAAUGGAAGACAAUCCUCAGUACUGCUGUGAAGAGACUACAAGAAGCCACCAUUCAAAUAAAAGCAGAAGAAGCAAAGCUUAAAAAAGAGGGAUUCAGCAAACAACUUACCUUGCUCUACUAUAAUGAUCCUAAAUGUGUGGUGAAGGUGAGCAGCAGCCCCCACGUUUCUCAAUGUUUCUGGCUGGAGCUGCUCAAGAGGAAGACUGAGAUGCCAGUGGUCCAAGAGGCUGACCCAGAGAUGAAGAAGUUCCAUUACGCACUGGUAGAUGGUUCUUCUCUGACCUAAUAUCCUUUUGAAAUCCCAAAAGGAAAGGAGGAUGGAGGAAGCCAGGCAUGAUGGAAGGGACUGAAUUUCAUUUCAUCGUGAUGGAAGCCCAAUAAUAUCAAUGAUGUUUAAUCGAGAUGGUGGCAUGGUGAUCAGCAAAAAGGGAGACAUCAUAAGGGAA